AUAGAUGUAGAAGGAUCGACAGUCGAUUUUACUUUUUAUUCUUCGUCCAUGCUGCUCCCCCCAAUGUGUGCAAGAGAAUUUGAAUAAGGAAAAGUUCGCGAAGAGGAACCUCGUCUUCUUCGAUCUGGUUUACGAGUUAUGAGUACGGUGAAUUGUUACCUUAGGAAGCAAACGUUCUUAGGAUGAAGAUAUCCUUGUCGGCGCCGUUUCUUCUGCUGGCUAUCUUGGCGCAAUGCGUCGUUUGCCCCUUGCCAGGUCAGAGUUCAUCGAGUUGCAGAUGUCCCAUAGUGAAGCUGGUGAACGGCAGAGUUCGGACAAGGGGCAGAGGAAAAAUCAUCAGAUUUAGUUGUUACGAUCGUUUCACUCUCAUAGGUAACAAGUAUUCCACUUGUAUUCGAGGCCAAUGGGAUACACCUACACCCGUAUGCGUCAACGCAGUAUGCCCCGUGCCCACCUUGCCUGAGCAUGCGUUGAUGGCGCCCAAGUACAACGGCGCGAUACUGAUGUAUUUCUGCGAACCGGGCUACGCUUUAAUUGGCCCGGCGGAGAUUUUUUGUGACGGAAGGCAAUGGAAUGGCACAACACCACAUUGUCGGGACACACGUGCGACAGCACCGACGCAGUGCGACUUUGAAAAACCCGAUCUUUGUUGGUGGGAACAAGAUCCUGAGCAUGAUUUCGACUGGCGGCGACACAACUUCGAGACGCCGAGCUCUCAUAUAGGAACUGGGCCGACUCAUGAUCACACUCUGGGACCAGGGAAUGACGGUUUUUACUUGUAUAUCGAAGCUUCUGGUCGGCUAGAAAACGACACCGCAAGAAUCAUCUCUCCCAUCUACAACGCCUCGUACACAGAAUCGGGUUGCUUUUCAUUCUGGUAUCACAUGUACGGAGCCACAGUGGGCGCUCUGAACAUCUACUUCAAACCGGAAAAGGAUCUGGUUCCUCGACAGUUGUUCCACAAAGAGGGCGACCAAGGUAACCAAUGGUUGCACGGAAUGUUCAAUUUCCCAAAGGUUGACAAAGGUUUUCAGAUCAUAAUCGAGGGUGUGCGUGGCACCAAUUACGUGAGUGACAUCGCCAUCGACGACCUGGCCAUUUUGCAGGGGGAGAAGUGUAAAGGUGUGGACGAAACAGAAACGGACUGGACCACCGAGGGUUACGAAGAUCAAGUCGAAGUGGUGAACGCGCAGCAAACUUGUCGCGGGAAAUGUAAAAAUAGCGUGACGUACAAUAAUACAACCUCCGAGAUCUGCCUUUGCACCAUCAAUUGCGCCGAAUACUCGAUGUGCUGUCCGGAUUACGCCGAGUACUGCGUUCUGACGUACACGGCGGAAUGGUCCACGCCAACGGAACAAUCGAUCAUUCCGAAUCGCGAUGUGGUUGCCUCGGUUCCACCCGCGAAAAAUGACACGGUAACAGACAUGGCGACUGUUAGAAAUGGUUUCUCGAUAAAUCCAAAGGACGACAUCGAUCCUGUCACGUUGAGGCCACCCACGACGACAACCACAGUCAGAUCUGUUGCCGCAACUACUGUUAGGCCUGUUUCGACGGCCACAGCGAGGCCUGUUACGAGCACAACUAAGCAGAAAAUCGGGAAACCGUCGAAAAGUACGGGACAAACCACUCUGGCUGUCUCAACUGCGAAAACUGUCCAGACAAAGGAGACGUCAUUUGUUCAACGGACCACUGUCGCCAGGAGAUACGCGCGAGUGGACGAGCAACCUGAUCCAAACGCGAGGGUGCAGGAUCCGGAGAUGGUUCAUCGCGGUUCCUCGAAAUUCAGUUUACCAGGGAUAAUCGGUAUAGUAGUUGGGAUCCUCACAGGAGUCUCGAUCUCGCUAAUGGUCGGGAUCGUUCUGCUGAGAAGAAGAAAGACGUACAAACGAGGAACGAACGGAUCCGCGCUCUCCGAGGACAGUGACGUUCGAUUUUUAACAUCCGAUGAGAUGUUAGACUUCACGUUAACCAGACCUGGUGACUGCGACGAAACGUAA